CUCAGCGUCCCUGGAGAAACCCAGUCAGAGUAUCCUCAUAUUGACCGUCCUCUCAGACGAGUCUCUGAGGAGGCCUGGACCUCUCACCGCUCUCUGAAGCAGAGCUGGGCCUGCUCUGCCACCUGGAGACCUGCUAACAUGUACAGUGCACGAGUGCUCAUGCAUUUUAAAGCCUGUCUGAAUUAUUGAGAAAAUGGAUGAGUCAAUCCAGGCUGAGUUAGCAUUGGGUGGCUCACCCCCUGUGCGUUUUUUUUAAUGUCGCCUAUCAAGAAAUAAACGCCUGGAAUCAAACAGAAUGAGAAUUUCAUUUCAGCCCUUACUUGUUUGAUAGGUUAGAUUUGCUUUGGCUUUUGAGCGAGAUUGGCUUUGGAACAGCCAAUUCCUGCAAUUUGGGUUUAGCUAAAGGAAUUAUGGGUUUAUUUUAGGCCUUUAUUUUCUUGUCUCAUUCCUUUGUUGCUAUGGUAACCUUCCACAUCCCCCAAAUUGCCCCUUCCUCUGGCUGAUGGGUGGUCCUUUAUCUUUUCUUCAACGAGGCCGGUGCAGACACAGAGGUGGGUUUUUUUGUUGCCUCUAUGUCUUUCUUGCUUUCUUUCUUGUUUUGUCGUGUUUGUUGUAGAAUGGGGAAGGCUGGAGACCAGAUGACGGAAAAUUGAUCCGACUGGUCACAGAUGGAGAUGUGUGAGUCGAGCUUGAGUGGUUCAGGCCUCCGAGUGUCACGUUUCUCUCAGCCCUCCCGAAGUGUGGUUUUCCAAACAAUACAUUUGAACCCAAGAGUCCUCCCCGUUCUCUUCCCCUCAACAUGCACCAAUUAUUAAAGUCUCAAAUACAGUCCGUGACACAGAACAUGAAUGUACUUAUCAGAAUAUCCUCUGCCGCAAAGCCUGUCUCAGAAAGAGGAAGUGCUACCUACUUCUCUGCCACAUCCUCUCAUUUCAGAUUACCUUCCCUUUCGACCCUCUGACAUGUUAUUUUCUUUUAAAACAACACUUUGAAAUCGAGUGCAGUCAGGCCUUUUUCACUGAUAGGACUUACAAGAGCUGCCAUUCAGAUCGAGUGCAGCCCUCCACUUCUUCUAUCGCUGUUUUGACAGUUUGCGGAGUUGACAUCAGUUAAGGAAGUCGAUUCAGCAGAAGUCACACGGUUCUGUCGUUCUCAGAGUGCUGAAGGUGUCGGAGCAGACCUGACUCUUCUGUAGGUUUUGUUAAGAGGUCAUGGCGAUGGAGGCUGACGUCUUCGAGUACCACAAAGAAGAAGACACACUGGACGUUGAGUCUUUUCAGGGAGAAAAGAGGAAACUCAUUCAGCCAACAUCUCUAAAAGAUCCCAAACUCGAAAAGCUAAAGCAGGAAUUGGUUGACUGGAUCAAUAAGACUUUGAAACCGGAGCACAUAGUGGUUCAGAGUCUGGAGGAGGAUCUGUACGAUGGACUGGUGCUUCAUCACCUGCUGUCCCAGUUGGCAGGUGUGCACUUGACCGUGGAGGAGAUAGCACUGACCAGCACGGCUCAGAUCCGCAAACUGGAAAUGAUCAUUGAGGAGUUGGACAAGAGGCUGGGCCUGCAGGACUGCAGUCACAUCAAAUGGAAUGUCAAACUCAUCCACAACAAAGACCUUUUGGCCACUAUUCAUCUGCUGGUUGCCAUGGUGAGACGUUUCCAGCCUGAACUGGAUUUGCCACCAAAUGUGAAGGUUGAAGUUGUAGUCGUGGAAGUCAGCAGGAGUGGAAUCAAAUCAGAUGUGCAGACAGAAGUCCUAACAGAGGAAAGCAGCAACAUGAGCUCCGACUCCCCCAGCAGUGCUGAAAGGGAAGAUCCCAUCGAGCAACUGCUGAAGCUUGAGGCUCACAAGGUCAACACAGUGAAGAAGGCCAUCUUACAUUUUGUCAACCAGAAUAUGGCAGCUAUGGGUCUGCAGGUGGCUGAUAUGGACAAACAGUUUGCUGAUGGUGUGAUUCUGCUGCUGCUGAUUGGACAGUUGGAGGGCUUCUUCGUCCCGCUCUUUGACUUCAACCUGACCCCCGUCAAUGACUCUGAGAUGCUUCAUAAUGUGACUUUGGCCUUGGACCUCCUGAAUGAUAGCGGCCUGCAGCUGUCAACUGUUGACCCACAAGACCAAAGAACUACAGACUCUUCACAACCUGCUCAAACUCUUGGUACAGGACCUCACCACAUGGGUCAAGAAGGUUUCCGUCUCAUUUCUACUCUGAAGAUCACCUUCUCCUGCUCAAACUGCUGACAAAUGUUUCUGCUGCUCUAAAGUCUGGUCUCCAGAACUUCCUAAAAACUCUCAAAGUCUCUUCUGCUGCAGGUUGCUUUGUAGAACUGUUGCAGAAAACCUCACUAAACCACAUGGAGGGGCCUCAAGAUAGUCGUCCAAAUGAAACCAUACAAAAACCAAACUAGCACAACCCAAACGCUAAAGUCUCCUGCAGCCUACCAGAGAACCUCUGAGAACAGAGAAUCAGGACAGGAACUCUUACCUUCCGGACAACCAACGUUGGUUCUCAAACAAGAAUACAGAAUGUGUCUGACCAAAAACCUCUAAAGACUCACUACAGCCAAGAUAAAGACACAACUCAGCUGUACCAAAUCCACUAAUCACUGCACACAUUGGCACCAUGUGCUAACUGUGGAUAAAGAACCACCUUUACCAAGACAACUAUCCAGUACAAAGCCCUAAAACACACCAAGAAACACAUUAAAGCCUAUUUUACUGCUGGAAGCUGCAAGCCAAUGCCUAAAGAACAAACUAAAGCAAUGAAGCCAAACCCGGUUCAGUGGUGAAGAGAAUCAGAGGAAAUGUUUGUCUGCAGCCACAUAAAGCAGGAAGACACUGAGCUGCUCAGGUGUUCCUGAUAACACCAAGCAGCCACCUGGACAGCCAAUAGGAACACAGCUUACUGGAAGUCCAGAGGGCGGGGUUAGUGAAGGAAAUUUAGUUUAAAGUUGAAGCAGAAAGUUAACAAAGAAAGUUGAAAACCACCUUCUGAUACCUGAAAUCUCUGAGUUUUCACACAAAGAACACCUGAACAUGUCAAACUGGUUUCAUAGUAGAACCAUCAUUGUAAAAACGUCAUAGUAUGGUGUGUUGCUCAAAAAACAUUAGGACCCGGCUGUCAGGGGACAAACAUGUAAGAAACAUGAGAACAGAGAGAACCCAACCAGUAGGUCACAGUUUAUCAUCCCCCAGUCAUCUCCUGAAGUCCAUAUGGUGAGAGACAUCAGUAUCUGGUUGUUAAUUUACCAGAGGAUGCUUAUAAUCAUGCUGAUGUGGUCUGUACUCUACAGUAUUUUAGUGACUCAAUAAAUGCCUAAUUUUUUUAAUGCUUUUUAGUUUUUAAUAAACAUUUAACAGCCUAUAUGUAAUCAAUAAAUGGCCUUUGCCUAUCUUAAGAAAAAUUCACUCAGAACUCUGAUAUGUUAACAGUACUAAAUAAAUCAAUAAAUACAUGCAUACACACAAAAAUAAGUUAAUAUAUUAACUGUGUUAAGAUAAGAUUUAGAUUUUUAAAAAAGUUGUUUAUGUUUUUACAGAAUCCAGUAUUGCUCACUGGUUGGUCAUUACAUUUUGUUAGUUUGAUUUCACUGUUUAAAAUGAUGCCACCUCUUUUCAGACAGAACCUGUGAUAAUAAAACAAUACAAAAUUUUUAGUUCCGUGUUAAUAAAGCACUUAAAGCUUUAA